AUGCGUAUCCCGCUCGCUCCCUCGGAGCAUCCCAACCAGCUUCUGCGGAAGCUCGGCGCCCCCCACAAUCCAGACCUUCCAGUCAGCUCUGCCUUCGAUCUAGUUAGCCGCCAGCGAGGCUGGAAGCCAGGUUCUAAGACUUGGAAGAAGAACUGGAAUUCCUGUAUGGAUAGCGAGUAUGACCGGCUCAUCGGCUGCCGUGUGGCUAGCCUAGCCACCUGGCAAGAACUAUGCACGAAGGCACUAGCUCGGGUCCACGUCAAUAUCGUUGACGUUCUAGAUUGCUGGAAUUCGGACGCCACUCCAAUUCGAUUUAAGAACAAGCAGGCCCUCGCCGCAUACACCCAGGCCAGCAAAAAGUUCUUCAAUCGACACAUCGCCAAGCAGGACAAGCUCCUACGUGUUCUCCUCCGUAAGCUUCUUUGA